UUUGCUGCUGAGAGGCUAACAGGAAAGAAGGUAAAACACACCUCCAGGUAUGAGCAGAAAGCUUAGAGACGAAGGAGCAGGACUUCCAUGCACCUUCAUGUGGCGUAACAAACUAAAAGAUAUCCUGGAUUAAAGAGAGCAGACGUGUGGCUUGUUUGCUGAGCAGAGCAGGUUCGAACACAGUCACUUUGGCGUUACUGGUUUUGUUUGGGGUUGCUGCGAAUGCACGGCAUUAGACCUAGAGUAACACGGCAGUGCUUUUCCCUCCCACAAGUCUUGACUUAAAACCUCACAAGCUGCCUGAUCAUAUGAUGUUGCUUUCAAGUGCCUGGAGGGGAGAUGGCACCUUGCAGAAAUAUCAAGCCUAACCCAGCAGGCGAGGGCAUUUAAACAGCUUCAACAUCCCUCAUCCACAAUUUCACAAAAACUGACAACGAGGGGCGCAAAUGGAGGAGGAAAACCUGUGCGCUUCUCUGCCGGAUGUCGUAGAAGCAGAAGCACCACAAGACUUGCAGAGCUCAGCGGAUCAGAGCGUAAAUGGAGAACAGGAGGACCUGCUGCUAGGCGAUGAGGCCGAGAUAAACCAGACACAGGAGGAGGAGGACGCCGCCUCACACGGAUCUCCUGAAGAGGAAGAACAGGCGGAGGAAACCAUGUGGUCCCUGCAGCCCUUCACCUGCACUCUGUCCUUUGCCACCGUGGGAUGGGACAUGCCCGACUCCUCUGCAGAGAGCACUUCGUUCGUGACUGACAGCAGCGUGGCCAAUGAGCUUUACUCCGAGGGCAUGACGAGUCUGAGCGGCACUUCCUCCUUUCAUCACCAUCAGCUUCAAGAUGUUAAUGUCGAGCCUCACAUGCAGGAGGACAAAGAGGAACCAGAUGAGGUUAAGACACGGCCUCUAAACUCAGCUGCUGAGGACGACGGAAGUGACUUUAAGCCAUGUGAUGCUGCAGAUGUGACAGAGUCAACGGAACAGGAAAAGGAAGAUCCAGCAGCCGAGCAGCCUGAAAGUAAAAACGAACCUUCCCAGCGUGGGGACUCAGAGGAAGACGAGGAACGCUCAUUAACGUCAGACGAGGACUUAUCAGAAACUUCUGAGAAGAGUCAAUGCUCAUCAGAAGCAGCGGACGCUAUCGUAGACGUGAAACUGGAAAAGGAACAAGAGGUCAGAGUUCUGCUGAGUGAGCAAGAAGAGUCGGGAGGAGAGCAGCCCUCAACGAACGGCGUUGAGACUGACGCAGAGAAGGAGGACUGGAGCGAGGCGCAAGAAGAGCAGAGCUCAAGCAACGUUUCUGAAGAGGAGGAACCGGGUUUGGCAGAUAGUUCUGAGACCGAACAAGAACAUGAGGCUGAGAGCGGGGAACCAGAGCAGCAGAGCUUCGCUGACGUCCCCAGCGAGGAGGAACCAGCUGUGAAAGAAAGUGUUGAAACCCAGGAAGAGCAUCAGGACGUGAGCGAGGUUGAGGAACAGCAGGGCUUGGCCAACGUUUCCGACGACGAAGAGACGGAGGAAGCAAAGACGGCCGCCUCCCUGAGCUGUCUGGAACUACCUGCAGAAGUGCUGCGAACUGACAACACCGGAACAAACACGCCGCCAGACCCACAAGAGCUGGAGCUUCCAGAAGACGGCGAACGUUCAGGAGACGAGACGGACGCAGAGACGCCGGGUCGGUCAGGGGACGAUCAGUCUGUGCUGCCUGAAGAAAUGUGUGAAGAUGUUGAUGAGAACGUGCACCCCGAACUGCCAGAGUCCGAGGAUGACAACAACAAAGUGUCAGAGCAACAGGCAGAAAAAGCUGAGAACGUAGAAAACCCAUCAGAGAGGGCGGAGGAGGCGGAGAACCUAGAGGAACAGUUGGGCGAUCGGGAGAGAGCGGCAUCACUGGAGCCUGAAAGCUCAGAGUCCGAGUCAGGGGAAACGAGUGAGGAGCCCAAGCAGGUUCAUACAGACGAGUCUGAUCAGUCAGAGCAGCUUCAGGAACAGCCGCUAGAGAUGGCACCCCCAGACCAAUUAACCCCACUAGACACUCCAGAGGAUCAGCCAGAGCAGACAGCUUGUGAUGAAGCUAAGGGCUCCACAGCCGCAGACGAGCCGUCAGAGCGGAAUGAGCUGCCACGGCAAACGGCCGUCUCCUCUGAGCGGCCGGGGCCAUCAGACACGAUGAGUGAGUCAGAAAUGGCAGAGCAGCUGGCUCCCGAGAGCGAGGCCACCCAGCAGAACGAGGAGGCCCAGUCAAACCACGUGGACCAGCAGGCCGAGACGUCCGGUCAGGCGGAAGAGGUGGGGAUCACCGACGAUGGGAGUCCACAAGAAGUCGUGGCUAACGGAGAUAAACCCAAAUGCACAGCGGUGCCUCUCAUUAACGGAGGCGAGGUGGACAGAGAGAAGGCCUGCCGGCUCGCCGAACGGCUCUUUAAGCUGGAAAACAUCCAACGGUCGGAUGUGGUGAAACAUCUGGACAAGGAUAAUGACUUCAGUCGUACUGUUGGAGAGGAAUACCUCAAAUUCUUUGACUUCUCCGGCCAAACGGUGGAUCAAGCCCUCAGAUCUUUCCUGAAGGUGGUCGUAUUGAUAGGGGAGACCCAGGAGAGAGAACGGGUACUGCAGCAUUUCUCCACCCGCUUCCACGAGUGCAACCCUGACGCUUACACCUCCCCAGGGGCCGUGUUGGCUCUGACCUGCGCUUUGAUGCUUCUCAACACCGACUUGCACGGGCAGAAUAUAGGGAAAUGCAUGUCUUCCUCGAAGUUUGUGACCAACCUGGAUGGGAUGAACGAGGGAAAAAACUUCAACAAGGAGCUGCUGAAAAGCUUGUAUAACUCCAUAAAGACUGAACCGCUGGAAUGGGCUGUGGACGAGAAGGAGCUGCAGAACUUGGUGGAUGAAAGUGCAGGAGACGAUGCUCAUAUGCGUUCAAAAUCCAACCCGUUCUUGGAUGUUUCUCAGGACAAAACGGCCACCGUGGUCAAACAGGGGUUCCUACAGAGGAAGCUGCAUGCCGACAUCAACGGAAAACGCACUCCCUGGGGCAAACGGGGAUGGAAAAGGUUCUUUGGAGUGCUGAAGGGAAUGACCCUUUACCUGCAGAAGAAUGAUUACAGCCGAGAGCCAGUGAACGAGGACCUGGUGGGAGUCCAUCACUCCCUGGCCGAGCCGGCAGCCGAUUACACCAAGAAGCCCCAUGUGUUCCGGCUGCAGACGGCUGAUUGGAGGGUUUUCCUCUUCCAGGCCCAAUCCAAAUCAGAGAUGAAUUCAUGGAUCAGCCGAAUCAACCUGGUUUCCGCUCUCCACUCGUCUCCUCCGUUCCCCGCCGCUGUCGGCUCUCAGAGGAGGUUCUUCAGGCCGAUUCUUCCCGCUUCAAAGUCUGCACAAUCUCUGGAGCGUCAGCUGCAGUGUCACUCAGGAAAGCUGGAUUCCUUCAAAGCUGACCUGUUGUAUGAGCAGGAGAACCCCCUAGACAGCAAAAAAGCUAAAGCCAAGGAACUAGAGGAACACCGUGUGAGAACCGAGUACCUGCAGUACGAGGUCUGUCGCUACCAGACCUACAUCCAGGUGCUGGAGGCCUGGCAGAGCGUGCAGAAGACGGAGGACGGCACGCUGGAGAGCGCCGAGCUGAACCUGUUCGACAAGGCUGCCUGCAGCGACUGCACGGGGGAGGAAGACGAGGAGCAAGCUGGUCUGAAAAGGUCUUACUCCAGUCCGUCCCUUGAACUCGAGCUGCCCCCUCCGACAAUAAUCAAAGUUAAACGCAAUAUCUCUGAGAGACGGACUUAUCGUAGGACCAUCGUUCCUCGAUUUAAUGAAGAGGCCUGAUAGGAAACGAGCUAUUUGCUGCGUCUGAAGAUGCACAUACAGACCUUUCUGCUUACAGCUGGUGGAAGCGGGAAAAAACAACAACCGUUGGAAAGCUCCUUCAGGAAAUUAUUGUUUUAAUUUGUCUUGUUCCCCUUUACUCAGCUGGGGAAUUGCACAAUUUAUAAUCUCCUUUAAGACCAUCAUUCCUUUAAAUGGUCUAAAAAACUGUGGACAUGACUUAUUUAGUUUUGUCAACAUUUUAAGGUCUUUUCAUGAUAUAGAAUGUUGCGGUACCAACAUUUAUAUUGUUUUACUUUUGGUCAAAGUGAAUGUUUUGUGUUAGGUCGUGAGCUUGAUGAUAUCUGCCACAAGAGGGUGCUGUAGAACAGCACUUGUCUGAGUAAACGGUACCAUGAAGAUGAGCUGCCUUAGUUUUAUUUUCAUUUUGCACUUUUUUUAUAUAUAGUUCUAUAUGUUCAAUUCAAAAUGUUAAAACUUGUUUUAUAAUCUAUGAUUUUCUCACUUAGACGCUUUGUUUAAAUGAAGGACUUGCAAAACAACAUAAAAUGUUACCUAGACCCUUUAGAAGAAAAACUUUAGUUUAAAAAUUUUAGAAAGUAAGACUUUCUUCUGGACGUUAUUUCUAAAAAAGACUCAAACUGUGAAAUGUGUAUCAUUGAAGUAUGUUAAGGAUCAAUUUGAGAGAAACCAAUAAAGUAUUUAAAGGAAA